CUCAAACAGCUCGCAUCAAACUUGACAUUUCUCAUCUUCCCAUCGGCAGCUGGUCCUUCCCUUGCAGAAGGAGUGGAGAUCGCUAUCCAAACUUGACUAAAUUUUCCUCGUGCUCGAAUGAUGUCAUAGACCUAUUCGUUAAUCGUGAAAAGUAGAGUAAAAUUCCGAUAAAAAUGUCUUCGGGAGUUCGAUGUAAGAAUUGUGGUUCAACCGAAAUCGAAGUGGACAAUGCUCGUGGUGAUGCCGUGUGUACAAAUUGCGGUACGGUUUUGGAGGAUAAUCUCAUCGUUUCGGAGGUUCAGUUCGAGGAAGUUGGUCAUGGAUCGGCUGCUAUUGGUCAGUUCGUGUCGGCGGAUAGUUCUGGCGGUGCUACAAACUACGGGAAGUUUCAAGUGGGGUCGGGAACUGAGUCGCGUGAAGUCACCAUUAAAAAGGCUAAAAACGGAAUAACAAUGCUCUGCCAGCAGUUGCAGCUCACAAAUCACUAUAUGGAGACUGCAUUGAAUUUCUUUAAGAUGGCACUGGCCAGACAUUUAACUCGGGGCAGGAGGAAUACUCACAUUUAUGCUGCGUGUGUUUAUAUAACGUGCAGGACAGAGGGAACCUCUCAUCUACUUAUUGAUAUCAGCGAUGUCCUACAAAUUUGCUGCUACGAGUUGGGUCGAACGUAUCUGAAGUUGUCGAAUGCAUUAUGCAUAAACAUUCCAUCAGUUGAUCCUUGUCUCUAUAUCAUACGCUUCGCCAACAAACUGCAGUUCGGUAGUAAAACGCACGAAGUAUCGAUGACUGCCCUUCGGAUAGCACAACGCAUGAAAAAGGAUUCUCUUCAUUCUGGACGACGACCUACAGGAUUAUGCGGGGCCGCCCUGCUCAUCGCUGCCCGCAUGCAUGAAUAUAGUCGCACCGUAGCAGAUAUAGUAAAAAUUGUUAAGAUUCAUGAGUCAACAAUUCGAAAACGACUUAGUGAGUUCGCCGAUACCCCCAGCAGUGCAUUAACACUUGAGGAGUUUAUGGCUGUUGAUCUAGAAGCAGAACAAGAUCCGCCAGCCUUCAAAAUGGCUCGUAAAAAAGAUCGAGAACGAUUACAAAAGCUUGGCGAAUAUGAGCUUACGAUAUUGCAAAAGGAAAUCGAUGCCCAGCUCGAGAGAGAUCUCAAAAAGUCUGUGGCACGUAAAUUGGGCGGUGUAUUGGAUGAUGUUUUCAGCGAGGAGCAAGAAGCUGAUCAAUUCAUUCGACAAUCCACUGUUGAAGCAUUCAAGGAUUAUCUGGCAGACGACCCUGAAGCUCUGCCUCUAAUCGACCAGGGAAUGAACUGCAUUCAGGGUAUAAAACCAGAUGUUAUAGCAAUGUGCACGCCUCCGACAGUCGAUGUGAAUGAAAAACAGGAUCAGGACAACGGUCUCAAUGGCGAACUAGAUCUAGAAGGCUUAGAUGAUGAUGAAAUCAAUGGCUACAUAAUGAGCGAGAAUGAAGCCAAGAACAAGAAUGUCCUUUGGAUGAAACUAAAUGAAGAAUAUCUAAAGGAAAUGAAAUUGAAGGAAGAACGAUUAGCAAAGGAAAGAGAAGAAGGCAAGCCCGAGAAGAAACGGCGACCGAAAAAACGACGGACAAUCGGUCCAUCGAACACGGCAGGGGAAGCCAUUGAAAAGAUGUUACAGGAAAAGAAAAUAUCAUCUAAAAUUAACUAUGAUAUUUUGAAAACACUUACGGAACCGAGUACUAUAACUCAGUCAACUAGUGAAGCUGAAACUCCGGUGGAUGUGAAACUGCCUAUUGAGGAUAUCAAACCAAACAUUUUAACAGUGACUUUGACGGAGGAGGUUAAUAUUCCAUACACAACACCAGGACCUCGUAGCAAGAAACCCCGCAUUGAGAUGGGUCUUCCUGUCGCUAGUGAACCAGAAGUGAAUAAUGAUCAAUCAACUGUGGUUGAAAAUGAUGAAGUCGACGAAGAUGAAGACGCUGAACCAGAGCCAGAACCAGAACCUGAGUAUUCAUCUCUCAAGGACAUGCUCAACAAUGGCGAGGACGACGAAUAUUACGGCUAUGACGAUGAUAACUAUUAGUGAAUAUUUACAAUAUCAUCUCAACUAUAGAGUCCAACAAAUGAAAGUUAUUGUAACAGAAGAAUUAGCCAAUAUGCAUGUUGUAUAUUUC